GCGAGGGUGGGGUCGGCGCUGCCCAGUGAAAUUGGCUACCCAGGGAAGAUGCUGCUGGACCUGUCGGAGGAGCACAAGGAGCACCUGGCCUUCCUGCCGAAAGUGGACAGCGCGGUGGUCGCAGAGUUUGGGCGAAUUGCGGUGGAGUUCCUGAGGCGUGGCUCGAACCCCAAGAUCUACGAAGGCGCUGCCAGAAAACUCAGCGUGAGUAGUGACACUGUCCAACAUGGUGUGGAAGGCUUAAUAUACCUCCUCACUGAAAGUUCAAAGCUCAUGAUUUCUGAACUGGAUUUCCAAGAUUCUGUUUUUGUUCUGGGAUUUCCUGAAGAACUGAACAAAUUGUUGCUUCAGCUUUAUCUAGACAACAGAAAGGAGAUCAGAACUAUCCUGAGUGAAUUGGCACCAGACCUUCCCAGUUACCACAGCCUUGAAUGGCGACUGGAUGUACAGCUUGCAAGCAGAAGCCUCAGGCAACAGAUUAAACCAUCAGUGACUAUAAAGCUCCACCUUAAUCAGAAUGGAGAUCACAACACUCAAGUUCUGCAGACAGACCCAGCCACCCUGCUCCACUUGGUUCAGCAGUUGGAACAAGCCUUGGAGGAGAUGAAAACAAACCACUGUAGGAGAGUCGUGCGCAAUAUCAAGUAGUCCCAAUUUGUUUCUUCCUCCUGAAUCACUUGUGAAUUGAUGAUACGCAGUAGUUAUUUUUCAAAACAAUUUUUUAAGUUGAUAGUGAUAAAUACAUAGAGAUUUCAUAAAAUUUCUUUUCCUGUGUCAAGAUACUGAGGUCAUGAUCACAGGCUAAGUGAAGUUUCUUUCUCGGUGCUAAAUAUGGUCAGUUUCUUGAGUUAAGAUGUAAUUUGUAUCGUAAAUGUGUAAAUAGGAUUGAAUCAACUGAAAGUGAAUCUAUACUGUUCAAAUCCUCUGUGUAUAUAAAUGACUAUAUUUUUUUGAUGCUUUUCCUGACUAGUUUAUUG